AUGGAAGGAUCCUCAACAAACCUUGGGAGAGCGUUCCUGUGUCUUAGGUCUGGAGAUUUCACCCUCUCCGGCUCUGCACUGAUCUGGGUGGUGGACGAACUUUAAUGGUGGUAAGAAAACGAAACAAUUUUCUAUAACCAAGUUCAGAAUAAAUGAAACUUGAUUAUUGCUAAUAAGUCAUACAGUAAAAUCAAGUUGUGAUGUUAAAGUGUUUUAAAAGGUUAGGUUGAAUAGGGGGAAUGUGAGAAUAGGUAAAACUGUUGUACGAUUGGUAUUUUAAAGACAAGUUAUAUAGUAAAACAAUGACUAUUCACUCUUUUAUUCUACUAAAGGUGGGAUUGAGAGUGUUAUGGUCAAGGUGCAUGUUCAUUCUCUGCUACAAUGGCAAACAACAGUUGGCUGUGUCUUGUCCUUUGUUGUAAUGUGAUGAGCAUAUACAGUGAGACAAGUCUAUUGUCAUUUAUGCAAGGGAUUAUGACACUUAACAAUAUCUAUUACAUCACGUUCCAGUUCUACUAGUAAUUCCAUUUUUCUACUGCCUACUUCAUGGUGUAAAGGAGAAACUAACAGCAAUGUUACAAUCCUUGAAGUAGUAGAACCAUGGAAAGAUUAAUAAUAUAUUGAUGGAACAGGUUAAACCUUAACCAAGGAAACAACCUUUAAUCAAACUCAUAACAUGUUGAACACUAAACUCAUAACAUGUUGAACAUUUAAUUUAUUUUUUAAAGCACGAUGGCCAAGGGCAAGAAGCGGUCAAGCGAGCCUAAAGGCCGGAAGAUCACACUGAAGAUGGCUAAGCUGGCCCUGAAGCUGACCGUGGAUGGCAAACGUUGGCUGGUCCUCAGCAACAUGGAGAUCUCCACCUUUCCCAAGUGCAUCCUGAAGCUGUGCGAUGUGGACGAGCUAGACCUGAGCCGCAACCUGCUCAAGAAGAUCCCAGACUCCAUCGACAAGUUCGUCAACCUCCGCUGGCUGGACCUCCACAGCAACCAGCUGGACCAGGUUCCGGAAGCUAUCGGGCGCCUCCAGAAUCUAUACAGCCUCAACCUGUGUAACAACUGUCUGAGCACUGUAGGACUCCCCAACGAGAUUGUUCUCCUGCGGAAGCUGAGGUGCCUCAAUCUGGGCAUGAACGUCCCAGAGACCAUCCCGUCCUCAAUCGCAGCCCUCAAGGAGCUACGCCACCUGGGCCUGUUCAGCAAUCACCUGACCCAGGUGCCUGAGUGCCUCUGCAACCUGCCCCACCUGGAGACCGUCAACCUGAAGUGCAAUCCCAUGCCCUUGGAGGACGACAAAGGCAUAGAACCCAUCCAGAGGGUGGAGUGCCUGUACCUGGUGAGGGAGAGCUGCCUGUGUGCCUCCUGCCUCCAGAAGGUCAAAGACGACAGGCAGAGGAUGGACAGCAGGUUGAGAAGAGGCCCCGCCCACAGGAAGUCCAUCUUCGCCGGCCUGAACACGCCCAACUCGGUGGUGCAGGAGGACCAGGCCACCUGGAGGUGA